UAUUUCAAUGGGUAAUCUAGAACAUGGUUGUCUUUCUCGAUCUUAGCAAAUAACUAAUAUUAACAAUAAGGAAAGGCCGUCUCAAUUAAAACGAUAAUACGUGUCAGAAAAAAUAAGAAAUGCAUUUCUUUAUCCAAUUCCUUUAAAAGAAAUACAGAUCUAUGCAAAAAAAUUAGGAAUUUCAAAUUACGACCCGCACAGCAAAACAUUAACGAAACAAAUCAUUGAAGUCUCAAAUCUAAAUUCAAACUUGGAAUUAAGUCUGUGCAGAUUUCUUCUGGUAAGUUAAUCAUUCAAUCUAAAUAAAAUUAGUGAAGUCUUAAAGCAAAACCAAGAAUUCAGAUAGAGCAUAAGACCAAUCGAAAAUGAACUCUUAAAAGAAGCAAUCAGAAUCAUAGGUGUGGAUUUCUAAAAUGGAUUAGUACUGUCCAUUAAAUUAGAGAAAAUCAAUGUUGAAAUUAUUUAGCAAUACCUCCUAUUUUUUUUUGAAUAUCUCUUUUAUGAGAUAGCCAAAAUAAACAAACUCAGCAAUCAUAUUAUUGUCGUUUAUGAUUUGCAGCAAGAAGCUGUAAAUUAAAUAUUGCUCAACUUCUUGGUGAAUUUGACAUACAAACAUUAUUUCCUAAAUAUUAGAAAAGUGAUUCUUAUAAAUCUAAACAUCGAAAAAGUCUCAUAGGAAGUGAUUGGGAUGUUAACUUCAAGUCAAUAUUCGUAUUUAUUCAUACCCUUAGCCAAUACUGCUUAUCUAGCCAGACAUGUAAGAAAAUCAGAGUUAUCCAAUGAGUACGGAGGAGUUUAUCAGAAACAAAGAAACCCAAUUCCAAUUGCAGUUAGUGAGGCUACUAAAUAUAAGUUAUGA